AUGUCCGAUCAGGAAAACACCAGUCGUCCUUCUAGUCCGACUCGGAACCCUACCCAGACAGAAGACGGUGCCCCCCCAACCCCAAAGACAGAUACCCAGACACCAACAAAGAAGCCUCCCAAGCUAGGCAAGAAGAAGCAGCAGCAGGAGGAGCCUCAGCCUCAGCCUGAACAAGCAGAAGCACAAGACCAAGAACAAGAACCGGAACAAGAAAACAACGAGGGUCCUCCUGAAGACACCAAGGAAGAACCCCAACAGGAUACAAACAACAACAACGCCAACGGCGAAGCCACAGACCAACAACAAGAACAAGAACAAGAGCCACAACAAGAACAACCCCGCCCCCGCAGAAGAAAACCCCAGCGCUACCGCCCCGACUCAGACACAGAAAGCAUCCCCCGCCCCGAAAUGGACAACAACGCAAUGGAGAAGCCCCGCCGCCGGCGUCAGCGUCCCCAGACGGAGCAGCAGCAACAGCAGCAACAAGACGGCGGCCCACUCGGCGGCCUCGGCGGCGUGAACCAGGUCGGCGACCUUGUGCAGAACACCGCGGGGAACGCGCUGAACGGCGUGACGGGGUCGGCGGGCAAGGCCGUCGGCGGGCUGCUGGGCGGGAACAAGGAAGAGAAAGACGAUGGAGGACGGGACGAGCAGUUGCGGCUGCGGCUGGAUCUGAAUCUAGAUAUUGAGGUGCAGCUCAAGGCGAAGAUUCAUGGUGAUUUGACGUUGGGAUUAUUGAACUGA